AGAGAGUCCUAUGUCAGGGAAAUUAGAAGUCAGUUAACAUAAGCGUAUACUCAGACUGAGCAUUAGAGGGCUUUUCUAAACCAUCUAAGUCUGUUGAAAUUGAACUGCAUAGGAUUAGGAAGUUUAGAUACAAGAUCAACAGUAACAACAGUAAAAGAAUAUUUUGUUUUUAGCUGGCCAGUUAGCCGGGAGCAAAGCAGCAUGAAUCCAAUACACAGUACCUUGUUGUUUUCAGUGCUUCUUUUAAUUCUCAGAAUUCAGGAGCUGGCAGAGGCAUGCAGCUGUGCCCCUGCACAUCCACAGCAGCUAAUCUGUGAUUCUGCUUUAGUGAUUCGAGCAAAAAUAUCCAGUGAAAAGGUGGUUCCUGCCAGUGAUGACCCUGUUGACACUCACAAAAUGAUCCGGUAUGAAAUCAAACAAAUAAAGAUGUUUAAAGGAUUUGAAAAACUGAAAGAUGUUCAGUAUGUGUAUACUCCUUUUGAUUCAUCUCUCUGUGGAGUGAAACUAGAAGCUAACAACAAGAAACAAUAUCUCCUCACAGGCCAAAUAUUACAUGAUGGUAAAGUUCUCAUCCAUUUAUGCAAUUACAUUGAAUCGUGGGAUGAUCUAUCCUUGUCUCAAAAGAAGAGUCUUAACCAGAGAUACCAAAUGGGCUGUGGCUGCAAAAUUACUACCUGCUACAUGGUGCCCUGCUCAAUCACUACACCAAAUGAGUGUCUCUGGACGGACUGGCUCAUAGAAAGAAAACUAUAUGGGCAUCAAGCCAAGCAUUAUGCCUGUAUCAAGCGAAGUGAUGGCACUUGCAGCUGGUACAGAGGUGGGCCCCCUCCAGAGAAAGAGUUUACUGACAUCAGUGAGCCUUAAAAUGAUCACUUCUUAAAAAGCCUGGGAGGCUAAUUCCAUCAAACGUUGCACACUCACAGCUUUGAACUGCCGACAUCUUAUGUAUCUGUUGGUUAGAAAUAGAAGCAAAGUGUGCUGUGCAAUUGUGCAAUUUGUGGAAUUGGCACCCAGCCAAGAAGAGAAACAAAUCUCUCGGGGGUAGCUUAUAAAGUUCUGCUUCGUAUACAGGGAUUUAGUUGAGAAUGUUCCUUGAGGCAUAACAACUUUCCUUUUUACCAAUAUGAAUGCAGAAGAACAAAAGAAUGAUCAGAUUUUUGCCCCUUAUUCCAGUUACCUAGCAGAUUAAGAAAACCCCGUGACUCAGUCCAAAACAGUCUGAUACACAAAGAAUGUUUUAUACAAUUAUUUUUUCAGCAUAGCUGCCGUCUGAUAAAAUAAUUAUUGUACAGUAUAUAUGUAAAGUAUAACAAUGUAAAAAUAUCAAAGGUCCAAGUUUUCUUCAUAUUUGUGAAAACUAAACUUUUUUUGUGAUUGAAAACUUUUGUUCUUUUUUGUAUACUACUUACAUGUCAUAUUUCUUACCCAUGUAUUAUAACAUUUCUUAGUAAUUAGGUUAAAUAUAUAUAUAUUUGAUAAUCACAAAUGCCUUUGUCCAAUUCAUUGAUUUAGUGGAUUGGCAUAUACUGUAAAGAGAAAAGUUCUAAUGCUUAGGUAUUGCACCAAUAGAAAUAUUGUGUGAAUAUGCACCCUUAGACAGUAAGAUUUAUAGGAAAGUUCAAGCAUAAACAUUGUCAGUGUAGCCACCGCAGCUCGUAAUGCCUCCGUACAUGUGUGACUAUAUAAUUAUCAUAUUUCACUUCUGUUAUAAGUGCUGCUUUUAGUCUGAGUGACUUUAAAGAACCCCAAGUAUUUAUUUGAUUGUUUGGAUUUUGAUACAAAAUUUACCAUUUCUGGAUAGUCAAAUGUUCUGUCAUAAUGAGUAUCACAGCUUACAAAAAUGUACCGCAAAAGUAUUAUCUUUUUGAAGGCUAGAGAAAAAGGGCAAGAUGUAAAGAUUUAAACAAAUAAUACUGAUCAAGCGUAUGAAUAUUUCCACAGGUUUUUAAGUUUGCAGAGGCAAAUUAAUAAGGGAUGCACCAAGGCUGAGAAUAAUUAUCCAGAUCUAGCUGAUUAUCUGUGUUUGAAAAACUGAGCAGGAAUCCUCAUGAGAUAAGGCUCUUUUGUGACAUUUCUAAUACCUUCUGAAUCUGGUCAAAGUAAAUAACACCUAAAAACCACUCUGUUCCUCACUGUCCUUUGGAAUUUCACCAUGUAGAUUCCAGAUAUGUCUAGAAUUAAUGCAAAGAAAGCAGACAUAAGAGACCUAAGUAAAAUAGCUAGCUUAACUUAUGUUGAACUUCAGCAAGACGUAGUUCAGGUUUAUUAGAGACAUUUAUUAUUUUAUAGAAACCUAUUCAUCUACCUCUAGUAUUGUAACAGUUCCCAAACUAGUGAAUGAUACACUAAUAGAGUAAAUGAUCUUUAAAAUUGUUAUAGUCUAUGGGGCUAAGAAACCUAUUUUCUGAGUACCAGUACCAAUGAUGAUGCACUUUUUUUAGGACGAAAAGUUGAGAUAAGAUCAGAGUUUGCAUCUACAUUUGCUUAUGCUUUUUGCUUUACAUUAAAACAAAGUAGUGUUAUGUAGUUACCAAAGUAUGGAAAACAUGUUGUCCUUAAUCUAUAUAAAAUGUAUUAAAUAUCAAUGAUAAUCAUUCAAGAAAGGUGUAUCAUUUUAGUUUCAAAAGCACACAAUCUGGGUGAUAAAGCCCAUUAUUUCUUGAAAAAAUGUGGAUUGCCAAUAUUAUUUAAUAAUCAACAUUUCACUUUUUUUGGGCCAACUUUUUAAUGCUUUAUCUUAUGGCAAUGCAAUAAAAUACCUUUAAUUUCUUCUUAUAACCAUACCCAUCCAUAAACUUCUAAAAAUGUAGUUUGCAAAGUCUAUUUUAUCCACAGAUUUGUUGUUAUGAUUAUUUAUAAAGCUGCAUGCUGAGAAAGCUAUGCUUUUUUCAAAAAAAAAA